UAAAACAAAGCUUCCAUUUUUAUUUUUUUCUUAGAUCGAUGCAUUAAUGGAACAUAAAUUUAAUAAAUAUUCGUGUUAACUGAAUCUGAAUUUCGGGGUGUCAAUUUUCCUUUUUGUAAAAAAAAUUAAAAAAUUUGUGAUUUUUAUAAUACAGGAAUACACAAUAAAGUGAAUGAAAUAUUAUGUGAAGGGGCCAAAAGAGGAUGGAAUUAGCCUCUUCUAUUCUUAUUCUUACUCUGCCUCCUCUCAGAUCUUAGUGUGUAUUUUUUUCUUUUUGCUAGAUUUGGCACUUGGCUUUCUUUUGAUCGGUUAAGUUAAAUUCUUUCUUGACCAGUUGAUUGUCUGUGGAAGGAUCUGUUGUUUUUUUUUUUUUUUGUUUAUUUCCAAAUUUCGAAUCGGAUUACAAUUUUAUUGUUAAAAUAAGAAGAAAAAGAUGUCGGAGAGUGGUAGUAAACUUUUUAUUGGUGGAAUAUCUUGGGGCACCGAUGAAGACCGUCUCAAGGAGUAUUUCAGUAGUUUUGGUGAAGUAGUAGAGGCAGUGAUCAUGAAGGACCGGACCACGGGGCGUGCUCGUGGUUUCGGUUUCGUUGUUUUUGCUGACCCCGCUGUUGCUGAGAGAGUUAUCAAGGAGAAACACAAUAUUGAUGGCAGGAUGGUCGAGGCAAAAAAGGCAGUUCCUAGGGAUGACCAGAAUAUUAUGAGUAGAAGCACUAGUAGCAUCCAUGGUUCACCUAGUCCAGGUCCCACAAGAAAGAUUUUUGUAGGAGGCUUAACCUCGACAGUCACGGAGAGUGACUUUAAGAAGUAUUUUGAUCAGUUUGGGAAUAUCAUAGACGUUGUGGUAAUGUAUGACCACAACACCCAAAGACCGAGGGGUUUCGGAUUCAUCACUUAUGAUUCAGAAGAGGCAGUUGACAAAGUGUUAUUAAAAAAAUUCCAUGAACUGAAUGGUAAAAUGGUUGAGGUUAAAAGAGCAGUUCCCCGAGAGUUAUCACCUGGUCCUAGUCGCAGCCCCUUAGGUGGAUAUAACUAUGGUCUGAAUAGGGUCAACAACUUUCUUAAUGGCUACACUCUGGGAUAUGCUCCAAGCAGUGUUGGUGGCUAUGGACUUGGGAUGGAUGGUAAAUUCAGCGCGGUUGCUGGUGGUCGAAGUGGGUUUUCUCCUUUUGGUGCUGGUUAUGGAAUAAGCAUGAACUUUGAGCCAGGGUUGAACCUGAAUUUUGGAAAUGGUGCAAAUUUUAGUGGUAACAUGAGCUAUGGACAGGGAUUGAACCCGUACUAUAUUGGUAAUACAAAUAGACUUGAUAGUCCUAUUGGGCAUGAUAGAAGUAGUGGAGGUAGUACUUCUUUUUUCAGCUCAGCGACUCGGAAUCUUUGGGGGGGAAAUGGGGGACUUAAUUACAACACAAAUGCUGCUAGUUCCGGUGCAUACAUGGGAUCUGGAAGUGGGAGUUUAAGAGGAAAUGCCUUGGGAAACAAUGGAACUAAUUGGGGUUCUUCUGCCAUUUCCGGUCAAGGUGGAAGGGAUAACAUUUCUGGCAAUAGUGUGAAUUUUGGCAAUGGAAAUGGUGAUAACAACUUUGGGUUAGGAACAGCAGGGUAUGAGAGAAACAUUGGGACCAAUGUGGUACCAGCAUCAUCAUAUACAGCAUCGAAUGGUGGUUAUGAUAUAUCCUUUGCAAACCUUCCUGCAAGUGCUUCCAUUUAUGGGGAUACCACUUGGCAAUCAUCAACAUCUGUGCGAGACAGUUCUGGUACUUUCGGCUAUGGACUUGAUAGUGCCACUUCUGAUGUUACGCGUAAAAGUUCUCCUGGUUUUGUUGGUGGUUAUAAUGUUAAUAAGAGACAAGCAAAUAGAGGAAUUGCAACCUAGAAGAUUCUUUUGGUUUAUCACAAUAGUGUAGGUGAAGAUAAUCUUGUGAAGCAGGUAAUCUGUGAAUUCUGCGCAUUUCCCUCGUCGAAUAUAAGAGAAAGUCGGUUACCUGAGCUAACUGGGUUGCCUGUUUCAGGGAAUUAAGAUUUAGAUAUAGAAAUCACAAGGCAUUUUGUGUUAAGGCUUGAGUUUCAAGUUACCUUUUUUGUUUUGUUCGGAUUUUUCAUUAUGUAAAAUCAGAUUGCGGGAUAUAAUCAGAAAAUGUAUCAUACAUCUCAUGUGAGACGGCGAUGCAUAACACGAAAUGGACUAAUGUUCAGUGAUGGUUGUGGCGAUCUUUGGGGUCGUGUUUCAGCCAGAUUGUACUUGAGGUUCUUGUUGAUAUACUUAGUGUGAAACACUAGGAAGGGAUUAAAAAGGGCUAAACCCAUCUAGGGUCCCCUCUUGAAUAAUUUACAACAUAUAUAUGCAGGUUCUUUUUCCAUUGAAUCUUUCUUUAUGAAAUGAACUAUUUGAAUUGAUUUUUUUA